UCGCACGAGUGAGGACUCUCUUCAUCGUUACAGUCUUUAGAACAACGCUGUUAUCGUGACAAGUGAUUCGCACUCCAAUUUUACCGUCAGAAGAUCUCAAAUUAGACCAGUCCAAUGGGAAAGAGAGACACGAGAGUUGCAUUUGUAAACCCAAUAGCGGCAGCUAGAGCAGCAGGGCCAAGACCUCAAGCUGGACCAUCCAUCUCGGAGUAUUUGAGUCGCCCAAGACCUACUUGGGAAGAAUGGCAGGAAGAGCAGAAGAAAAGAGAAGCCAAAUCAAGCAGUCUGGCCUUCUGGGAAGACAAGAUGAAUGAGAAAUUCAGAGAAGACUUGAAGAAGAAUAGAGAGAAGCAGCUUGGAUCAUCGAGCACAAAGAAAAAGGAAAAGAAAUCAACAAAAAAGAAGAAGAAGAAACGAGAGAGGUCUCCAUCCUCGUCUUCAUCAUCUUAUGAAUCUUCUGAUAGUAGUGAUUCGGAGUCUGAAGGAGAAAAGAGGAAGAAGCGAAAGAAAAGCAAAGAGAAAAAGAGUAGAAAGCGAAGAUAUAGCAGCGAUGACAGUAGUGAUGAAGACAGAAUAUCAUCGAAAUCAAGAGAGAGGAAGAAGUCCAAACACAAGAAGCACCGAAAGUCGAAGAAAAGGAAAGAAAAAAGAUCGUAUCCGUCGGACUGAAUUUCUUUAUCACGUUGUGUGGUACUGCCUUUAUUUGUGAAUACAGUAUGUUAUUACCCUGCCAAAAUAUUUUGAUACAAAUGAAAUGGCAUGAAGAGGUACUUCUAGACAAUUAUAUAUAUAUAUACAAGUGUUAAAGAGAUGAAGGGUACCAAAGUGUGACGUCACAAAAACAAAUUUUGCAAUUACCCGUAAUUGUUUUGUACAUGUAUACUCCCGAGUAUGUUGGAAAACAUCCAAAUCCCAAAUUGGUAGGAAUAGGUUCAAAAUGGCACCAAGAUUACACCAAGUGAAUACCGAAUAGGCUCUACUGAAGUAGAUGUAUUAUUGGCCUUGUUAUAACCAUUUAGAUCCAGGCCAAUAUAACAUUGACUUUAGGACGUAAUCACUUUGGUAAUCGAUUCUUGGAAUCUUUAUUAAUAGCAGGUCACUGAAGAAUGUUUACAGUGUCCAUGCAGGAAAACUAAAUAUUUUGUGUGUAAUGAAUAGUCUCCAUGUGAUUGGCUUUGAGGGAGAUACCAUAUACCAUGUGAGU